UAGAAAAAGAAAACGCAUUUUCAAACUGGAUCAAGUGGAUGGAACAAAAGGGCAGUGAGAUAUGGUUUUAGUGACAGAAAUGAUAGAUACAGAUAUUAUAAAAUAUAGAAUCAAACAAUGAAUGUUGUUAGGAGAAGAAUAUCAUCAAGCGUAAGAAGGGCUUAUCAAUCUUCUUCUGAUAAUCGGUUAUUCAAUACUCUCUCCGCUCAACAACCUCUCUCUCACGGCAUUCAUGUUUUAUAUUGCCCUGAUAGUGUUGGAAUAGUGGCCAAGAUAUCCGAGUGUAUCGCGUCAAGAGGUGGAAAUAUAUUGGAAGCUGAUGUUUUUGUCCCUCAAAAUAAAAAUGUCUUCUACUCCAGAAGUGAAUUCGUGUUCGAUCUGAAUAAAUGGCCACGGGCACAAAUGGAUGAGGACAUUCUUAACUUAUCCAAAAUAUUCAAGGCACACAAAUCUGUUGUUCGAGUUCCUUCUGUUGACCCCAAAUAUAAAAUCGCAGUUCUUGCCUCUAAGCAGGACCACUGUCUUGUUGAUUUGUUGCUUGCAUGGCAAGAUGGGAAACUUCCAAUUGAUAUAAGUGCAAUCAUCAGUAAUCAUGAUCGGCUUCCUAACUCCCACGUGGCUCGGCUCCUAGAAAGGCAUGAGAUUCCAUAUCACUAUCUGUCGACAACGAAAGAAAAUAGAAGAGAAGAGGAGAUACUGGACUUGGUUCAAGAUACAGACUUUCUAGUCCUUGCUAGAUAUAUGCAGGUCUUAUCUAAAAGCUUUUUGAAUAGAUAUGCGAAAGACAUAAUCAAUAUUCAUCAUGGCUUAUUGCCAUCAUUCAAGGGUGGGAAUCCUUCUAGGCAGGCCUUUAAUGCUGGUGUGAAAUUGAUUGGUGCCACAAGCCACUUUGUGACAGAAGAACUUGAUGAAGGGCCAAUCAUUGAACAGAUGGUUGAGAGAGUUUCACACAAGGAUAAUAUGCUAAGCUUCGUGCAGAAAUCGGAGAAUCUUGAGAAACAAUGCCUUUUAAAAGCUAUAAAAUCUUACUGUGAAUUACGUGUCUUACCAUAUGAAGAGAACAGGACCGUUGUCUUUUGAGACCACAAAACAGUGAGGGUUGAAAUUAUGUAUGAGCUAGUUACCUCAUUUUUUAAAAUUCUUUAUCAUUUGAUGCUACAGCUGGAAACAUUAUUGUAUUACAAUCCCCAUAUACAAGCAUUGAAAUUUUCAUUACACUAA